AUUCCGUCCUCUGGCCUACACUCCCGUCUCCACUUCCUCGAUCAGCAGCCGCGCCGGCAGCAGCUCGCGGUGCCCCUCCCUCCUCCCCAGCGCUCGCAGAUCGGCGCCGGCGCCGCGGCCGCCGGGCGGAGGGCCAUGGCCACGAAGCACCCACACGGGGACGCUGAUCCGUCCACCUCGCCUCCCCCGCCGCCGAGCCGCCGCCCGCGCGGCUUCGCCUCCGCCUCUACCCCCGCGGCGCCUCCUCCCCCGGGGCGGCGGCGCGGCGAGCGGGAGAGGGAGCGGGAGAAGGAGCGGACGAAGCUGCGGGAGCGGCAGCGGCGCGCCAUCACCAGCCGUAUGCUGGCCGGGCUGCGGCAGCACGGCAACUUCCCCCUCCCCGCCCGCGCCGACAUGAACGACGUCCUCGCCGCCCUCGCCCGCGCCGCCGGGUGGACCGUCCACCCCGACGGCACCACCUUCCUCUCCUCUCCCCCGCCCCCUCUCCCUUCCCCCGCCCAAUUCCAGGGGGCUUUCCAGGCUACUUCUCUGGAAACCCCAGUUUUUACCAACUCUCUGAACAGCUACGCCAUUGGGACGCCAUUAGAUUCCCAGGCUUCAGCCCUACAAACAGAUGAUAGCCUGUCACCGUCGUCAUUGGAUUCAGUCGUGGUGGCAGAGCAAAGCAUAAAGAAUGAGAGCUAUGGGAAUUCAAGUUCAGCCAAUUCUCUGAAUUGCAUGGGAAGUGACCAGCCCAACUUUUCGUUUGGGCUUUCUGAUUUAGCAAAUCAAAUUGGAAUCAAAUUGGGCGACAACCUCAGUUUUUCUUUUAUUGUUCAAUUGGAGCAGCUAUUGAGAGCAUCAGCAGUAUGCGCGGGUGAUUUCACGAAAACUCCAUAUAUACCAGUGUACGCCUCUUUGUCUAUGGGCAUUAUCAAUUGUUAUUGCCAAUUGGUUGAUCCUGAGGCUGUACGCGCUGAACUAAGGCAUCUAAAGUCUUUGAAUGUUGAUGGAGUUGUUGUAGACUGUUGGUGGGGGAUUGUGGAAGCCUGGACUCCUCAAAAAUAUGAAUGGUCUGGCUACAGGGAUCUUUUUGGUAUUAUUAAAGAGUUCAAGCUAAAAGUUCAGGUUGUAUUGUCAUUUCAUGGGUCUGGGGAGUGUGGAUCUGGUGGUGUGUUAAUUGCUCUUCCUAGGUGGGUACUGGAAAUUGCACAAGAGAACCAAGAUAUAUUUUUCACUGAUCGAGAAGGUAGGAGGAAUACAGAAUGCCUCUCCUGGGGAAUUGACAAAGAACGAGUCCUUCGAGGGAGAACUGGCAUUGAGGUUUAUUUUGAUUUCAUGAGGAGCUUUCAUAUGGAAUUCAGAAGCUUAUCUGAAGAGGGUCUUAUUUCUGCUAUUGAGGUUGGAUUAGGUGCUUCUGGAGAGCUAAGAUACCCUUCGUGUCCAGAAAAAAUGGGCUGGAGAUAUCCUGGUAUUGGUGAGUUUCAGUGUUAUGACAGGUAUAUGCAAAAGAACCUACGGCAAUCAGCCUUGGCACGGGGGCAUUUGUUUUGGGCCCGUGGGCCUGAUAAUGCUGGCUACUAUAAUUCAAGGUCACAUGAGACUGGCUUUUUUUGUGACGGAGGUGAUUAUGACAGCUACUACGGGCGUUUCUUCCUUAAUUGGUAUUCUGGAAUCCUCAUAGAUCAUGUGGAUCAGGUGCUCUCACUUGCUACUCUUGCAUUUGAUGGAGCAGCAAUUGUGGUGAAGAUCCCCUCCAUCUAUUGGUGGUACAGAACUGCAAGCCAUGCUGCAGAGCUUACUGCAGGAUUCUACAACCCUACAAAUCGAGAUGGAUACUCUCCAGUUUUCAGAAUGCUCAAGAAGCAUUCCAUAAUUCUUAAAGUGGUUUGUUAUGGCCCAGAAUUUACAGUUCAGGAGAAUGAUGAAGCAUUUGCUGACCCAGAAGGUUUAACCUGGCAGGUUAUGAACGCAGCAUGGGAUCAUGGUCUAUCUGUAAGUGUAGAGAGUGCUCUUCCAUGUCUUGAUGUGGACAUGUACUCUCGGAUCCUUGACACAGCGAAGCCGAGGAAUGAUCCUGACCGUCACCAUCUCUCAUUCUUCGCAUACCGUCAGCGAACUCCAUUCCUUUUGCAGAGAGAUGUGUGCUUCUCAGAGCUUGAGACCUUUGUAAAGUGUAUGCACGGGGAGGCUACCCAGAACUUUGUAGAUUGACAUAUUGCAGCUUGCGUUCUGCAAAUUUCCGCAUUCCCUUCGUGGCUAUCGCAAGAUUGAACUCAUAUUUCUGAUUACCGCGUUCCGGCCAUCUCCGCCUUAUGCUACGGGUCAGCCGAUCAGAUGGCACUGAAACUGAUGUGCCGGUGGUGGGCAGGGAUUAGUAUCCCUUAUCUGCGGUACAGGGCUGGUAGUUCAGCAAGUUUUUACCAUGGCGUCACCUGGCCUGGGCUGGAAAGAUGGAAAGAAUGGCGAGGCAUAUAUCUAAUAGUACUACAUUAUCAUGCUCUAAUAUGCAAAGAAAUCCUCUCCUGAAUGGGUGGUAAACCAUCUGUCUCUGAAUUCUCGAUGAUGCUUAGACUUUGUUUAACCGAAACAUCUUUCUAGAUUGUGACUGAAAUUUGAACUGUUCGAGCUGAGGUUAGGUCU